AUGGCUGAUGCUCGAGAUAAUCAUGGAAAUGAAAUUCCAAAUGAAUUUUUUUCAACAUUUCAUCAUAUCAGUGAACGACAAGAAAUAUACAAUCAAUUAACUGAUGAAAAUCGAGUUAAAGAACUAUAUAAAAUUUAUUAUUCAGAUGAAUCAUAUAAUUCAAAAUUCAUAGAAGAAAAAGCAAAUCAGUGUUCAAAAAAAUAUCAGCUAAAAAUUCAAAAUCUUAAAUUAAGACAUGCAUAUUAUAUUAUAGACACUUCGACACCACCAGCACUUACUACCAUUUCAUGUACAAAUUAA